GCUAGUUUGAUUAGUUUUCUCAAUUUUAUAUUCCAAAGAUAGUGACAAACCCCGCAUCUUGAGACUUCCCAUUUGGCUUGUACUUGUAUCAAUUAAAGUCAAUAUUUAAUGGGGUGUACUUCCCUAUUUCCUUUAAACUUUUUCAAGAAAACCCUUUUUGUUUUGGGAAUCACCAUCAUAUGUAUAUAAACCUCCACUUGGUUUCCUAAUUCCCGAUCAUUCAAGCAAUACAAAUUUUUAUACUUUUCCUUGUUCUACUUUUCUUCUAACAUCAAUGAGGGCUACCAAGAACAUGACAAGUUCUUGCAAUGAAGAAGAGUUUGAUCAAUUGAAAAGAGGGCCAUGGACACUUGAGGAGGACAAUCUUCUUAUCCGUUAUAUCACUUGUCAUGGUGAAGGCCGUUGGAAUUCGCUAGCAAAAUCUGCAGGAUUGAAAAGAACAGGAAAAAGUUGUAGAUUAAGAUGGUUGAAUUAUCUAAAACCAGAUACCAAGCGUGGAAAUCUCACACCACAAGAACAGCUCUUGAUCCUCGAACUCCAUUCAAAGUGGGGCAAUAGAUGGUCCAAAAUUGCCCAACACUUGCCGGGAAGAACCGAUAACGAGAUCAAGAAUUACUGGAGAACAAGGGUACAGAAACAAGCUCGCCACCUUAAGAUCGACUGUAGUAGUAAGAGGUUUGUAGAAGCACUUCACCAAUUUUGGAUACCAAGGUUGCUUGAGAAAGUAGAGCAAACCUCAUCAUCAUCAUCAGCAUCAACUGCUUCUACUUCGACCAUGAAAACCGAACAAAACAAAUUAAGUUCUCAUUCACAAUCCGAACAGACCCUAUUUGCAGUAUCGUCUCCAACGACAAACCAAGGGUCUACUAACUCAAGAUCAAGCAUUCGUGAAUCAGAUUCUUCUGGGAAUAUGUUGCCACAGCUUCCUGAAAUGUCACAACUUUAUGAGGACACUGCCUUCCAUGACUCAUCACUCCAACACGAUGACUGUUAUAAUGUGGAUAUAGGGAGUUUUGACAUGAUGGGCUUUGAGCAGACGGAUGACAUGUCAGCCUUGAACUUCCAGAUGACAGAUACUGAUUGGAUAACCAGUGGUGGCAUGACAACAGACACAUACUGGAACAUGGAUGAGUUAUGGCAAUUCAGAAAAUAGAUAAUAAUAUUGACCUUUUGAUAUAUGUCGUCAAAUGGUCUUAAUUAAUCUCUCGAGUAAUUUCUAAUUAUGGAAGAGUUGAUAGUUUAUACGUAGAUAGGACCUCGUUUAAAGAAAGUCCCAAAGUCUCUAAUCUUACAAGCACUAGAAGUGUAUAUGGUAAAGUAAUACGUUUAUUAUGCUCUUCGGUGUAGCGUAAAGUUGCAAUUGAUAUCUAUUGUUAAUGUCAAUCUUUUUCCUUCCAUUUGUCCACUUCUUUUUAGGAUCCAUCAUACGCAGUUUCAUAAAUCCCUAUCAAUACUAUAUAAAUGGAAUUGGAACCGUGGCAACUUUUGGUCAGUCCAUGUUUAUCCAAGUACCAUACUAUCAAGUGGAUCUGUUUUGUAUAGCAUUGUGACUUUAAUAUUUAAGCCUUGGUUCGAGCCUUUUCAAUUUGUUUAAUAAGAAAAUCUUUGCAUAUCAAUAUAUCAAAUAAAAAGAUUUACUUUUUCACUUAA